CAGUACUUUCCCGGUUUACGCCCACACACGUUAGGAAUUUCUCAAGGGUUUAAGAGUGAAGUAAUCACGAUACUCUUUAUCAGUCCUCAUAACUCAACAGCGUUUCUAGGGUUUUCUUUACUUUCUUCUUUCCUCUUCCGGAUACAAAGAUGAGUCGUCAUCCAGAAGUUAAGUGGGCUCAGAGAGAGGAUAAAGUUUACAUCACAGUUUUAUUGGCGGAUACAAAAGAUGCAAAAGUGAAUCUUGCUCCAGAAGGUGUUUUUACAUUCUCUGCUUCAGCUGGUCAGCAUGAGUAUGAUCUUAAGCUUGAGCUUUUUGACAAAGUUAAUGUAGACGAGAGCAAAAUCAAUAUAGGUGAGAGAAGUGUGUUUUGCAUUUUGGAGAAAGCAGAGGCGAAAUGGUGGAACAAACUUUUGUCUGGAGAUGGCAAGACUCCACAUUAUGUGAAAGUUGAUUGGGACAAAUGGGCUGAUGAAGAUGAUGAUGCAGGUCCUGCUGCUGACCUUGACAUGGGAGGAAUGGAUUUCUCAAAAUUCGGUGACAUGGGAGGCAUGGGAGGUAUGCCUGGCAUGGGUGGCAUGGGUAUGCCUGGUAUGGGUGGCAUGGGGAUGCCUGGAAUGGGCGGCAUGGGGAUGCCCGGUAUGGGCGGCAUGGGGAUGCCUGGUAUGGGUGGCAUGGGCAUGCCUGACAUGGGUGAUUUCUCUAUGGGUGAUGACCUUGAAGACAGUGAUGAUGAAGGUCAAGAAGCAGAAACAAAGACGGGUGCAACCAGCAAGGAAGCAGGAGAGGAGAAGACAGAAGCUGCUGCUGCAACAAGCUCAUAGAUACAGUCAGAUGCUCUUUGGAGUUGUUGUUGAAUUUGGAUGAUUUAGGAAAAAGACCAUUUAUGGUUAUGGUGUGUGCUCCAAAGACUUUGGAUGUUGACUAGAAAAAAAACAUGAAUAUGGUUUCUGCUUCUUCUUAGUUGUUAGGAAGGUGGAAACCAUACUACUAUCCCCCUUUACUAUUGAACUUUUGAGUGUUGUAAUUUUGUAGCGGUUUCAUAUCAUACUCUUUCUUCUUCUUAUAUCUAAUUGUUUCUCCUUCUGUUGCUA